CGCCCUGGCGCGUCGCGGCCGCCGGCUCCGCCGGAAUCCGUCCCGUCCCGCGCAUCCACCACGCCCCCGUCCUCCGCGUCGCCCAGGACGACUCCUCCGCCUACGCCCUCGCCAUCAUGAGGAAUCCGGAUCCGAUAGGGAUGGGGCUGGCCAUGGAGGCCGUAGCUGAGGCUGCUGGCCCGGAGUGCCUCGUGCCCGGCCAGCAGGCGCCUCUGCGGCUGAUGGGACUCAAGGUUUGGCCCCUAGAUAUAGAGAUGAAGUUCUUGGAACCAUUUGGCCGGGAAUUACACUCCAUGAAGAAGUUCAUGGACAAAUCAUGCAGCGUCAUGGACUCAUCUUCUAUAGCACAUAAGUAGGCGCGCAUGCCAGAUUGGUUCCUUCCCACUACCUAGCUGAUGUUGUUUGUACCCAGACUACCCACAGUGCCUGAUGAAGCUACAAGACCGCAAAUAGACGAGCCCACGGAGAACCAACAUCCUUGUGUAUCUUGAGCUGCUGCAUCACUUGAUGGAACGAGAUAUGGUUGUCGGGAAGACAGCAGGAUUAGCAAGUAAUUUCGAGGGUAAUCUUGUAUGCGCCCUGGGCUCAGUUUGCGCCGCGAUAAAUUGUUUUCAACAUGUAAUACAUUUGUUAUAUUCAUGAGCCGUUGAGAACACAA